AUGCCCGCUCUUCUUGUCCCUCGCGAUCUCAACAGAAAAACCCCACCAUCCCUCACCCUCCUCUCACCUUCGAUCGUCGCCCAUGUUCCCGAGGCUGGAUGUAAAUGGCCAUGGAGGACGACAGUAGGAGGCUGUGUUUUAGUGGCAGAGCUGAUUCCGGCGGUGUUCGUCGAAGGAGAAACAUGGCUGGCCGGCGUGAAGCUUGGACGGAGGCUGACCGGCGACUGUCUGCGGUGGAAUGGGCCCUCGUGUUUGUGGCAGACGGAGGCUGUAUCUGGUGGUGACUGGCGGAGCUGCGUCGGGCGUCGGAGAUGA